UAGUAGUUAUAGUAUAGGUUAACGCAUAACAGCCUUAUCAAGCAAAAGCCAUAAGUUUAUCUGAGCACCAUUUAAAUGGUGAUCCGGUUAUUAAGUCAGUGAAGGAUGGCGCUUCGAUGGGGAAUUGCAUCAGCAGGCAACAUUUCAAGCGACUUUGUGCAGGCCCUUAAAGGGCUGCCCCCCGGGGAGCAUCGCGUGGUUGCUGUGGCAGCCCGCGCCCUUCAACGGGCGCAGGAGUUUGCCGGGCGGCAUGAUGUCGAUCGUCCUUACGAAGAUUACCGGGCGCUAGCUCAGGAUCCAGACGUCCAGGUGGUGUAUGUGGGCGCGGUGAAUUCGCAGCACUUUGAGGUGGCUACACUGAUGCUGCAGCAUGGUAAGCAUGUGCUUUGCGAGAAACCGCUCGCACUUAACGAAAGACAAGCGAGGAGGAUGGUGGAGUUGGCGCGUAGCAGGAACCUGUUCCUGAUGGAGGGGAUCUGGUCCAGGUUUUUUCCUGUCUACCGCCGGGUACGCCAGUUGCUGGAUGCGAGCGCUGUUGGGGAGCCCCGAUUCGUCUCAACAGCGUUCGGAGACCGUCUGGAAGACUUGGACCGCGUAAAGCGCAAAGAGUUAGGGGGCGGGGCCACUCUAACUCUGGGUGUUUACAUGCUGCAGCUGCAACAGCUAGUAUUCGGCAAUCUUCAGCCAUUGAAAGUGGCAGUAGCCGGACAUACAAAUGAAGAGGGCGUGGACGUUGCAGCCGCAGCCACUUUCACCUACCCAGGGCAAAAAAUCGCCGUGCUCAGCUGCAACGCUUCCUUGGAAAUGCCCAACGAAGCCUUGAUUAUCGGCACAACCGGGGCCAUUCGGAUACCGGACUUUUGGUGUCCGACCAGCUUCAGCUUGAAUGGAGAAGUCCGGAAAAUGCCGCUGUUGGACAACCAGGGUCCGUUCAACUACCAGAACUCGGCAGGUCUUGCUUAUGAGGCUGCAGAAGUGCGACGCAGCAUUUUAGCUGGGGAAAUUGAAAGUCCGCAAAUGACUCAUAAGGAGUCUAUCCAACUAGCUGGAUGGAUGGACUUGAUUCGCAAGGAACUAGGAGUGAAGUUUCGAUGCGACUUUGAAGAUUGGGACAGCAGUGAGCUCAAUUAA